AUGUGCUUCUUGGAUAGUUCCGUCUCGGGGUGCUACAUGCCCUUGCCAUGCAUCAAGCCUGAUCUGACCACGUGCCGCCGCGACCUCGAAAGCUGCGAGAUGGUGCUGCCAGGGGAGAUCUGCGAGGUUCCCUGUAAGUUUCCUUUCGUCGGACAAGCUGCAAAUGCGACGUGCCCUGCUGAUAACGUGGAUCCCUCCAAGCCGUACGAAGUUUCACUCGAGGGGUGCUUGCUCCUGUGCCCCGAGCCUCUGGAGCUCACCGUUUUCUUGAGCGCCCCAGAGGGGUCCAUGCUGAUGCCGCGUGGCUACGACGUGAAUGCCAGCGCCGAGAUGAGCCUGGAUGGCGCCGUAGAGACAGUGACGUCGGAGGGUAUAGUCAUGCAGUCGCCCGGUCGCUACCUCUGUGAGGAGGGCUUCCUCGGGGUCCCCGUAUCCACUUGCACGGUAUCCACGGCUGUCGACGACGCUUGCGAGUGGAGUUUGGAGCUCUCUGGGUGCGAGGAAGUGGUGCCCUGCGUGGACCCGGUGCUGCCGCCCCAGGAGGGCUUCUGCGAGCUGGAGGGCACCGCCGACUGCUCGGGGCUGGCGCCUGGCGACUCCUGCAACCUCUCGUGCGCAGCACCUUGUGCAGGCACUGCCACGGUGCUGCGGUGUCCCGAGGCCAACGUGAACCGGAUGCAGGAGCCCGAGGGCUACGCCCUGCGGUGCCAGUACCAGUGCGACGGUGUGCCCGCGGGCUAUGUCAAGACGGAGGGAGGCUGGCGUUGUGCGGACGGCUACGUUGGCAAUGUGCAGGAGGGGUGCUCAGCGAGCCCGAUCUGUGCCGGGCAUCGCGAGCUCUGGCUCAGUGGGUGCGAGGCGCUCAGGGAGUGCAAGGUACCCGAGCCCGAGGUGCCGUGCGUGCUCAACGUCUCCGAUUGCGGCGCCAGCGUGCCCGGGAGCUCGUCCUGCGAGCUCCGCUGCUCGUGGCCGUACGUUGGCCAGCCGACGGUUGCGACCUGCCCGCCCGACAACGUCGACGAUGGGGCGCUGGCUUUCUCCUGGCCGCAGUGCGAGUUGUCGAGCUGUGGGGCUGUGGGCGAGCCUCUUCCAGAGGGCUACAGGCUGGUCGAGGUGAUCCGAGGGGCCGAGGACAACGAGAGCAACUGGAGCAACUGGAGCAACGGGAGCAACGGGAGCAACGGGAGCAACGGGAGCAACGGGAGCUCCUGGAGCUCCUGGGAGUGGGAGUGCGAGGACGGGUACGUCGGCGUGGUGCAGCUGGGCUGUGCAGUGGACGACGUCAGUUGCAGCGCCGAGCCAGCCUUAUUGGGUUGCGAGAUCCUGGCGCCGUGUGGCCCGCCGGUCGGUGACGACAUGUGCCCCUACGACCUAGCAGACUGCGAGGGCGUCAUGCCAGGUCAGCUCUGCGAGAUCCGCUGCGGGUCCCCGUACGUGGGGGAGUUCGUCCUGGCCCAGUGCCCACCGAACAACACGCAGGUGGGAGUGCCAGCAGUGCCCUUGGCCUCGCUACCGGAGUGUCGCCUGCAGUGCCCCUAUCCAGAGGUGCCGCCAGCAGGCUAUGUCCUGCUGGACAGUUCGGUCAUUUCGAGUGGGACGACUGGCGAUUGGGUCUGCGCCGCUGGUUACGGCGGCACUCCCAGUAUAGGCUGCGAGAUCGAGGAAGCCUGCACCACUACUGGCACCACUUUGACGAUGACCUCGACCACGGCCACGGCAACACAAACGACCACGCAAGGUACCACGACCACACUGACAACACUGUCGGUAAACACAUCUACUUCUACAUCGAGCGAAACUUUCACGAGUACAACUAGCGCGAUUUCAACCUCAGGCACUACGCUUUCGACGGCGACAGUAAGCGUCACCAGCACGGUGUCCACCACGACUGGGACAUCAGCCACCAACACCACCACAACUGCGACGAGUCUGUCGACCAUGACUGUCACUAGCGGCACUACCACCACAAGAACUCUUACUAGCAGCACUGUUACUAGCAGCUUCACAACUAUCACGGCCACUCCAGCAACAACCACGGCCACUCCAGCAACAACCAGUAUUUCCAGCAGCACCACACUGAUGAGCAGCACGGUAUCGAGCACAUCCAUAUCACUGACCUCUACCAGCAUGACGUCUUCCAGUACAAUUUCCUCCAGCACCACGAAUACGUCCUCGACUACAACGAGCGUGACGACCAUCACUUUUACGACAACUCUGACGACAGGGACUACGCCCAACAACACUGUAACGACCUCGACUACAUCGACCACCUCGACUACGACAACCAUGACAACAACCUCAACCACGAUCAGCUCUACAACGACGACGACUACAAGUACGACGACUACAAGAACGACAAGUACAUCCACCACUACUACUACGACCUACACGAACACGACCACGACAACUUCCGCAACCACGACUACGACUUCCACUACCUCGACCACAAGGACGACGACAACCACCAGCACCACCUCCUCGACGACCACCACAACAACUGGCAUAGGCUGUCAGUUCAUCAGGGAGAAGGGCGAGACCUGCCUGAAGGCCAUCUUCGACGGCUGCGGCAACUCCUCGGACUGUGCCCACCCGAAUGUGGACCACUGCCUCUAUGAUGCUUCCAGCUGCACGAACAAUACUGCACCCGGUGCAAGCUGCAUGCUGCAGUGCCAAGAGGGCCUCGUGCUUGUAGGGGGGCCGUCGGUGGCGACGUGCCCAGCCGACAACGCGAUGCCGUCGAGGCCGAUGAGCUUCGUCCUCCCGGAGUGUAGGAUCCCAUGUCCCGACCCAGAGCACGUCCCUGUGGGCUACGAGAAGGUGGAGGUCUACACGUUGAAUUCUACGUCGAAUUCCACGUCGAAUUCCACGCUGGAGUGGGCCUGCGCCGAAGGCUACACUGGCACUGCGACUCUUGGCUGCCACUUCAGCACCGUGGACUGGAACGACGAUUGCGACCUGGUGUCAUACCUUUCAGGGUGCACGAAGACUUUCCCCUGCCUGAGCCCAUAUCCGCAGCUCGUUGACCUCUGCAAAUACAGCUUUGAAGACUGCCUCAACAAAAGCACCGAGGGCCCCGGCGGCCGAUUCCUGCUGGAGGCUGGCGUCGCCUGCGAGGUGGGGUGCCAGGCGCCAUACGCUGGGACGCCGACGGCGGCCCGCUGCCCGGCCAGCAACACAGAGCAGGGGGCCGACUUGGACCUCUUUCUGCCGGCCUGCUUCCUCGAGUGCCCGGCCCCAGCCGUCGCACAGGCUGGGUACGAGCGGACCAACGCCACCAACAGCAGCUGGCAGUGUCUGCCAGGGUUCGCGCUCGAGGGCGGCGUCGAGGAGGCCUUCGUGGACUGCAGCGUGAGCUCGGCGUACCUCGGCCCCUGGGACUCCUCCUGCGCGACCCGCUCCGCGCUGUCCGGCUGCGCGCCCGUCGUGCCGUGCGCGCCCCUGCAGCUGGACCCGUGCCUGCACGAGGCGGGCGGCUGUCCCUCCCAGCUGGAGGCGGGGGGCUCGUGCGAGGUCGAGUGCGCGUGGUACCUGGAGGGGAACGCCUCCGUCGCCACCUGCCCGCAGGACAAUCUCGACCCCGACACAGAGCCGCUGCUGGACCUUCCAGUCUGCCAGUACCCCAGAUGCCCGAUCCCAGACCCUGUGCCCCGGGGCUACGAGUACCACCGUGGCAGCGGGGACACUCCCGAGCGUUGGGAGUGCGCCGAGGGCUUCACCGGCACGGUCUCCACGGAGUGCAAGAUUAACUCCAUUUGCUCCCCACGCUUGUUGCUGUCUGGUUGCGACGAGCUGGUGCCCUGCGCGGUGCCCGCGGACGCGUGCGGGGUUGACUUCUCGGCCUGCGAGCCUCGGACUCCAGGCGUGCGCUGCCAUGUCGCAUGCCUUGAGGGCUACAGUCCCGUUUCGACGACCACGGCAUCCUCCACCACCUCGACCACGCUGACCACCACGACCGAAACGUCCAGCUCGAGCCUGACGAGUACAACCGAGACCAGCUCCAGCACGCUGACAUCCUCUGUGACCAGCAUCUCUGAGACUUCGAGGACGCUCACUUAUACCAGCACCAGCCUGUCCACUCGCACCUUGACCACCAACACCAGGACGGCAACUACGCUCUCUCGGAGCAGCAGUACGACGUUGACAAGCUCCACUGGAUCAAGCUCCACUCUGACAAGCUCCACUGGAACAAGCUCCACUCUGACAAGCUCCACCAGGACAAGCUCCACGGGCACAAGCUCCACGGGCACAAGCUCCACAGCGACAAGCUCAACGGGGACAAGCUCUACGGGGACAAGCUCCACGGUGACAAGCUCCACUGGCACAAGCACGACCACUGCUACCUUUACAAGUGGCAGUCGCACCAGCACGACCAGCAUCACGCUGACCAGCAGCAGCUCUGUAACCAGCAUCAGUCGUACCAGCACGACCACCAGCACUUAUACAAGCACCACUCCUACCACCAUGAGCAGCACAACUCCGACCAGCAGCAGCUCUGUAACCAGCACGACCACUGCCCACAGCACCACGCCCACUAGCACGACUGACACAUUUUCCAGCAGCACCCGCACCAGCAGUAGCACCGUCACUUCAACCAGCGUCUCAAGUGUAAGCGCAUCGUCAACGUCCAGUGACACAACGUGGACCGACGCCACCUCGACUUCGACGGCCUCCUCUAUCAGCUCGUCUAUCACGACGGACACCAGCAGCAUCACUUCAAGCAGUACGGUCAGCAGCACCACCAUGAGUUCGGUCACCAAGACUUCGACCACCAAUACCUCGAUCACGAUGACUACUACUACCUCAGCCACUGCGAGCAGCACAUUGAGCGGUACCACCGAGUCAUCGAGCACAACGACUUCGACCAGUUCGGCCACUUCGAGCAGCACGGUGAGCAGGACCACCGAGACGUCGAGCAUGACCACGGAGAGUUGGAGCAGCACCACUGCCACGUCAAGCUCCACGACGCGCACAUCCAGUUCAAGUACUAGUUCCACAGGCACUAGUAUCACUGGCACCAGCACCACUCAUACCAGCAAAACCGGCACGAGCACCACCUCGCGGAGUAUCACGAGCACUAUCACAAUCACGCGCACAACAUGGACAAGCAGCGUCACCCUCACCACUUUGUCGGAGACCAGCAGCUCCACACUAAGCAGCGCUACAGAGACCCACACAGAUAGCAGCAGUACCACGCUGAGUAGCUUCACAGAGAGUAGCACAUGGACUACCGGCACCACCCUGAGCAGCACCACAGUCACAAGCACCUCUGAAACCAAUACACAGUCCAGCACCACGCCUACCAGCAUCACGCCGACCAGCACGGUGACAAGCACAUCAGCCUCUUCAACGAGCAGCUCCACGCGGCUGACAAGUACCGACACCUCGAACUCUCAUACUCAAACCAGUACUAACUCUUGGACUAGCACCACAUCUUUGACCAUCUCCAGCAGCCUGUCUUCUCUUACAGACAGCUGGACGCGAACGAGCACGACUUCUGUCACCGUCUCCACCACCACAUUUACAUCGUCUCGCACUGUCACGAGCUCUGUCACUGUGUCCACGGUAACUAGCUUGACAGCGACAAGCUCGACAGCAACAUUCACAAGGACUUCUUCUUCGACGGUGACAAGCGCGAGCGAGACGACGAGUACUACCGUUACAACGUCAAGAUCGAGCACAACUGCUUCGUCAGUGACGCUCACGAGCACAACUGCUUCGUCCGUAACGCUUACGAGCACAACUGUUUCGUCCGCAACGCUGACAAGCAUAACUUCCUCGCACACCAGCUUCACUGUUUCGUCAGUGACGUUCACGAGCACAACUGCUUCGUCCGUAACGCUUACGAGCACAACUGUUUCGUCCGCAACGCUGACAAGCAUAACUUCCUCGCACACCAGCAUCACUGUUUCGUCCGUGACGCUCACGAGCACAACUGCUUCGUCCGUAACGCUUACGAGCACAACUGCUUCGUCCGUAACGCUUACGAGCACAACUGCUUCGUCUACAACUACUUCGUCCAGUACGCCUACCUUCUCGAGUGUAACUGGGACUUCUAGUACACAUUCCAGUGGCACUCAAACCAGCAGCUACACGCAGACCACUACGUUUGCAAGCACCUCCGCGACCAGCGGCACUUCGGCGACCAUCACCUCGACUUUGUCGAGCACCACAGGGACAAGCAGCGCCUCAUCGUCAACGAGCAGGACAUUGUCGAGCACAACACAGACCAGCAGCCUCUCCUCGACAAUGUCAAGUACCACCCUGUCAUCCAGUACAGAGACGAGCGGUUCGUCGACGAUGACAUCGACACUGUCAAGCACUACAGGGACCAGCACAGCCUCUACCACCUCCAUUUCUACAACGUCCAGAACCACCACGACAAUUCCCAUUGCGUGCCCAGGGGACAACAUCGACCCAGCGUUCCCGCUCAUGUACGACCCACCGAUCUGUCACUUCGUCGAGUGUCCUGACCCGUACCCCGAGCCUGCCGGGUACACCAAAGGCUCCGAUGGCACCUGGCAUUGCGCCGACGGCUUCUUCGGUUUGGCCGAGGUGGAGUGUGAAGAAUGCAGGGCCACGUUGCUACUGCGUGGCUGUGAACCCAUCGUUCCCUGUGUGCUGCCUCGGAUGCUUCAGCCGUGCAUGUUCGACACCUCUGAUUGUGGAGACGCGGUCGACGCAGGCGAGGCCUGCGCCGUGUUAUGCAGGGCGCCCCAUUGGAGCGGCGCGUCGACCACCCUCUCCUGCGAGGGAAACAACACCGACCCUGCGCGGGUCGCAGCGGGAGGGCUGCCAGAGUGCGCCGUCACGUGCCUCGAGCCAGACCCGCCGCCUGCCGCCUACGGCAAGAGCGACCAGGAGGGCGCCUGGGAGUGCGCCUUCGGCCACGUGGGUGUCGCGCACGCCGAGUGCGUCUUCGGCGAGGGCUGCGCCAUGCUUCUGCAGCUCACCGGGUGCGAACAGGCCUCCAACUGCGAGGCCCUGGAGGACUUCGACACCCUGAACAAUUGCAGUCUGCUCGACGUGUCGGACUGCGCGGACGUGCCACCCGGAGGCAGCUGCACCGUGAGCUGCGUGGCGCCGCGGCGGGGCACCCCAGCGGUUGCGAGCUGCCCGAGCCAGGGGGGCCAGCUGGUGUGGACGCCGCCCGUCUGCCUGUUCGCCUCUUGCCGGGAGGAGUUCCCAGCCGGCUACAUGAAGGGCGCGGACGGGUGGCAGUGUGCGCCUGGCUAUUCGGGUAGCCCCGCGCUGAAUUGUGCGCGCUUGGAGGACUGCUGCUACCCCACAGCGGAGCUGACGGGCUGCUACGAGGUCGGCCUGCCCUGCGAGACCGAGUGCGCGCCCCCGGCGCCGCUGCCCGCCGGCUACUCCCUGGGCGCAGACGGCGGCUGGGAGUGCAGCGCCGGCUACGCGGGCACCGUCGAGGUGCUGUGCGAGGCAGACGAGCGAGGGUGCACGGCGGGGCCCCUGGAGCUCUGGGGCUGCCGCGCGGCGGCCCCCUGCACGGCGGCGCCGCAGUCCCUGCGGGCGUCCUGCAGGUACGACGCCUCCAGCUGCGCCGGCGGCAUCGCCGCCGGCGGCUCCUGCGCCGUGGCCUGCAGGUGGCCCUACGUGGGCGAGAGCGCGUCUACCAGCUGUCCCGACAGCAACCUGAACAACGAUACAGCGCUGGCGCUGUCGCUCCCAGAGUGCGUGCUGGACUGCGCGGCCGCAGGCGCAGCCCCUGCCGGGUACGUGCUGGGGCAGGACGGCUGGGAAUGCGCGGCGGGCUACACGGGCACCGCGGUGGCGAGCUGCAUCUCCGACCCCGACACCUGCGGCAUCGUCUUCGAUGCGUCCGGGUGCGUCCCCACCGUGCCCUGCCGGGUGCCCUCCGUAGACUGGUGCGCGAUCGACGUCUCCGACUGCAUAGGUCUCGCUGCUGGGGGAUCCUGCAAUCUCCGCUGCGCAGCGCCCUACGCUGGCGCGCCCACCACUGCGGCGUGCCCGGCCGGCAACACCGACCCGUCGCAGACCAUCUUGUGGUCUGCGCCGCGGUGCUCUUGUCCGGGCCCGAGCAGCGCCCCUCCGGGCUACGCCGUGGCCAACCCAGGCAACGCCAGCCUCUCCAGUGGGGCCGCGUGGCGGUGCGCGGACGGCUACGACGGCGCGCCGGUCCUCGACUGCCGAGGCGCCGGCCCAGGCUGCCUGGCGGAGGCGCAGAUCUCGGGCUGCUGGCCCGUGCUGCCGUGUGGCGCCGCGCCGUUCGUCGACACCGACGAGGUGGAGGGCGUCCUCGGCGGCACUUUUUCCUUCGGCCCGGCGGCGGCGCUGGGGCGCGUGAGCGAGGAGGGCGUCGCCACCUACGGGGUGUACUUCGCUGACGCUUGCGGGGAGCCCCUGGGAGCGACGCUGGCGCAGGUCAGCCCGCAACACAGUACGGCCGGUGCCGCGUGCUGCCAGCUGGACCUGUACCAGAUCACCCUGGACGCGGUGGCCAUCCCCGAAGGGGCUCAGCAUCUGCUGGUCGCCACGAGCGCCUCUUUCCCUGUGGGCGUGACAGUCCCCCUCGACGACAGCGCGCUGGUGAGCUCCACCACGCUCAGUGCGGCCGACAAGGAGUCUGUCGUGCUGACCAUGACGGUGGGCGGGGUCAGCUACUCCGCGCUGCUGGCGGACUCGUCGCUGCGGCUGGGCUUCGAGGAUGCCGUCAAGCAGAGCAUCGUGCAGGAGUCCCUGCUCGCGGGUGUCGACCUCGUGCUGGAGGACGUGUCGCUGCUGCUGUCGCCUGGCUCUGUGCUCGCGGAGGCCACCAUCGCCGUGCCCCAGGGCGCGUCGACGCCGCUGCUGCAGGCCACGCUCUCCGGGUCCACGACGCUUCGCGAGGCCGUGGCCGUCGCGGUCGUCGCGGUCCCCGGCAUCUCGGCGGCCGUCACCGGCGACGUCUCCGUCUUCAGCGUCAGCGUCGAGGUGUCCCUGACAUCGUCGACGACGACGGCGACGUCCACGUCGACGACGACCCUGGGGAGGGCCCGCGCUGCGGGCUCGGGCGCGUCCCGUCAGUGUGGGCGACCCUUCGCCAUGGCUCUUGUGCUUUGGGCUGUGGCGCAGGCCCCGUGCGGGCGCUGA